AUGACGUACGCAACAGAAAAACCAUACCCGAGUAGUAGAAAGUCCUUUACUGGGAAGAGAAAACCGGUGCGCUACUGGACCUCCGACGACCGUGCCGCCCACCGCGUCUUCAAAGAUAAGUCGGCAGGCUUUGAACGACGAUCUUAUUUUGCCAACGUUGACUUCGACCCGACGACUGAACAAACACACGAUCGUUCACGAGAGCCUUACACGGCACAAGCAACAACGAGAAUUAUCUGGGAACAAGGUGGCAGCGGCGGCGAGGAUCAAGAGGAGUUCUUCCGUGAGUCAAAUGUCAAUCAGCUGCACAUCCAACCAGAAGAAAUCAUAUACGGCGAAGAUCAGGACGAGUUGACCAAUACAGAUCAACGAUACAUGCGACCGGUUGAAGAGGCCACAUAUAUCACACGCGACGACGAGGCCGAGGCUAGUUCUUUCCAUCAUCCGAAUUCCAUCACACAAUUGCCGCUGACGAUCGACGAGAACGAUGUUGCCCUACACGACCGAAAUUAUCACUUCAUUAGACCACCAGGCGUAUUAUGA